AUGGUUAAUUAUAUACUAACAAUUAUAGUAGAUAUUAGCGUAGAGCUUAGAACUUCCUUAGUAGAGGAAUACGCUAACGAAAGGAAGCCGACCGACGGACUUCUAGUCCUCCCUAGUCGCUUCGGACUACGCCUUACUAAAGAAGAUCGACUAGAAUACCAUGAAUUCCCUAUAGCUACUAGCGCCCGCCUAAUCCCGUCUUUAUAUACCUUUUUCGAAGACUUUAAGUACCUAGAGGCCUAUACCUACUAUAUUAAGCGGCUCUAUGGUCUAAUCGAUAUAUCGAUCUGGAGAACUAUAAGUUUAAUAUUUAUUCUACCCUUAGAAGAGGGAACCGCGAUAUUAGGAGUACUUUACGCGAUAAGAUACUAUACCUUGAUACCCCCGGACCUAAAGAGCGAUGAUAAGUUGUUAGUAAAAUCAACUCGUUCUAAGCCCGAUAAGAGGGCGAUUUACGAGAUAGCUAAACUCGCUUACUAG